AUGUCUUUCAAUGAUUUAGAACAAGGCCUUAAUAUAACUAAUACAUUACAUAAUACAUCUCUUUCGAUAACAGAAUUAACUCAAAGAAUUGCUCAACAAAUCUUUCAUAUCAACGGAAAUAUAAGUAGUAUUGAACGACUUGUUAAUUUCCUUGGGACACCUAAAGAUACAAUUGAAAUUAGAGGAAAGCUUCAUGAUGUCACCAAUGCUACUAGAGAUCUCGUUAAGCUCUCAACUCAAGAUUUAAAGUCACUUUCUUCUUUUCAAAUACAGGAUCCCAAGAAAAAUCGUCAAAGACGGCUAGAACAACAAAAGCUAUCAAAGGAUUUUCAGAAAGUUGUAUCCAAUUUUCAAAAUGUUCAAAGAAAUUCAGCUAGCAGACAGCGUGAAUAUGUUGACAAAGCCAAGGCAACAACUGUUAUGUUACAAUCUCAAGCUGAAGCAACUGAAGAUAGUGAAGAACAAGACACAAUGCUUAUUCAUAGUCAACGUCAAGCUCAGUUAGAAGCAUUAGAUAAUGAAAUUGAAUAUAAUGAGUUAUUAAUAAAUGAAAGAGAAAGUGAAAUACAAAAUAUAGAGCAAGGUAUUACCGAAUUAAACGAAAUUUUUCGUGACAUGGGAAUGUUAGUGAAUGAACAAGAAAGCGGUAUUCAAAGUAUCUAUGGCAAUGUAUUAAAUAUUGCACAAAAUACAAGACAAGCAGCUGAUGAGCUUGUAGUUGCUAAUCGUUAUCAAAAAAAGUCAAGGAGAACUAUGUGUUGUUUCUUACUGAUUAUUACUAUUGUCGGAUGUAUUUUAUCUCUUAUUAUUGUAAUUGCAAAAUAA